UUAAGGUGUUAUUGAUUUAAUACGACAGGUACACAGAGCUUUAGAGUCAAGUCAAAACAAAGUAUUUCCUGCCUGCUCAGUGCUACUAUAUAUCUCUCUCUCUGUAAAGUUUAAGUUUGUAUAACAUAUAAUGGGGAAAGUAUAUUUGAUAAGUGGAGCUGCUGGCCGGUUGGGUUCAAGACUUGUUCGUGUGUUGUGUGAGAACAACAUUGACGAUGUGGAAAAAGUAAAACUUGUCGAUCUUCGAUUCAGUAAAACAACAAGACAAGAACAAGAGGAAUAUUGCAAAGGUGUUGGUAUAUCGGCUGAAUGGAUCGAGAGUGACAUCACUGAUUACAAAUCAAUGACGUCAGCAUGUGAUGACGUGGACGUUGUGCUUCAUCUAGCUUCGCGCAUAGAUUAUACUGGAGAAAUCUCGGAUUCGGCGCUCUGGGAAACAAACGUAACUGGAACGGAAGUUGUUUUAAAAGCAUGUCUCGACCAGAACGUUGGGUUUUGUGUAUAUACAAGCUCCAUUGAAGCAGUGGGACCCAAUUCUGACAUGGAUUCGUUUGUGAACGGCGACGAAGAGACUCCUUAUAAUCAUAAACCAGUGAUUUAUUAUGGAAUCACCAAGACAGAAGCGGAGAAACGAGUAUUGGAAGCUAAUGGACGACCGUUGAAAAAUGAAAAGGUUUUUAGGACUUGUGCACUUCGGCCUGGAGGUUUGUAUGGUGAAAAUGAUCCAACGCUGAAAGAGAUGAUGAAACGAAUUGGAAAGACCACGCAGAUAAAAUCCAUAACUGCGUCAACUGCUUUGCAAGAGAGAGCAUUCAUUGGGAAUGUAGCUUGGGCUCAUCUUGUUGCGGCAAAAAAGAUUCAGGAAACCCCGGACCUGAUUGGAGGAAACGCUUACUUCAUCGGAGACGAUACACCAAAGUUAUCUUACAUCAGACUUAAUCUUUUAUUUUGUGAACACCUUGGGUAUACGUUGGCAAAGCCGGAACCUUAUUUCUCAAUAUGGAUGUUGUAUCUCAUUGCUUAUAUCAAUGUAUUUGCCAGAAAGUUUAUGUCGUGGUUCGGAAUCAAGAUACCGAUUCUUUUGAAUUCAGAGAUGAUCAAAAUGGCGAGUACCAUCUUUACAACCAGUGAUGCCAAGUUUCGUAAACAUUUCGAUUACAAACCACUUUUUAGCUGGGAACACUCGUUAGAAGCUACGAAGAAGGAAAUAGAAAGAAUUGUUGACUCGCAAAGAUAAACAACAGUCGUUGAAGAAAGAAGAAAUCGUCGUACAUGAUGUUAUAGUAGGGUUGGGGGAGAUGGGACACCUUUUCUUAUAAUUUUCUUGUCUUAUUCUGUAGUAAACAAAGAAAAGGGAAAGAGUUAAUAAAACGUAUCCUCACGACUCCUAUAGACCGUUGUUAAUUGUUUGAAACUCAAUUAGGAUAUUUGAAUAUUAUGUGCUAAAGGUGUCCCAUCUUAUCUUGUUGUACUAUAUACAAAAUAAUAAUAUACUUUUAAUAAAGCUGAUUAUAUAAACGUAUUAUUUAAUGGAAACAAAAAUAUGCUCGGUAUAUGUAUGAUAUUUUUCCUGUUUUUUUGUGCAACAAAUUGUCAAUAAAGUAGCACUAUAUAUAAGAUCCACAAUUUAUUGCUAUAAAACCUGUAUGUUUUUAGUUUACAGGUACAACGCAAAAGUUCUUUUCUAACUUUUUGUUUUAUCAGUGCAAUUUUGUCUUGCUAAAUCGACUUCAUCGCCCAAAACAGCUGAAUUUUUAAUGGUGUUGUCGUGAUACUUUGCCGCCUAUAUACUCCAUUAAGCGGGGUAUAUCAUUUGUACUUGCUAGCAUUUAUAUUAUAACAUCGCUCGAUAAAUUUGGAGAUUUACUGCAUCAUUGGAAUCAGAUAUAACUACGAACAA